AUGCGAAGCGGCGAGUCGCCGCACAUGCGCGUGGAGUUCUCGCUAAUCGUCGCCGUGUCGUCGCUGCUGUACCUGGCCGUCGCAUACGCCUUCUGGAUCAACGCGUGCCCGGUUCUCGCGGCGGUUUUCACGCUCGUGACGAUCAGCAGCCUCUUCACGGACAGUCUACACACGUCAUCGCGCUUCUGGCCACGCGUCGACCGCUUUCUUGCAACCUGCGCCACGCUGCUAGGCCCAAUCCGCGCCAUGGCGUUCUACUGCGCGUCGGCGGUGCAGCGCCGCCCAAUCCGCGCCAUGGCGUUCUACUGCGCGUCGGCGGCGCAGCGCGCGGAGGUCGCAGCGCUGUCGCUGCUGUCGCUCUCGUGCCUCGCGUGGAGCCGCAAAUCGCGCUGCCAGUGGGAUUUCGUGGUGCGCCACUCCACGUGGCACCUCGUCAGCGCAGUCAGCCUUCUGUACCUCGCGAAUUCCGUGGAGUUCUCUUAG